GCGACAGCAUAUAACUAUUAUGUGUAUCUAGCGAUACAAACGACAGAUAAAAUCGGUGCACUUGAAUUAAUAAGCAUUGAUUUGUCAACAAGAGAGUUCUUAUUCAUUGCAUCCCGCACAUAGUAAAUACGAAGCCCGUUUAUUUAUCCGCGAGAGAAGAAUUCGCUUUUGAAAAUUCGCACUUUUCGAAUUCGCUUUUAGCGAACAAUAAAAGAAAAUUAGUUUCGUUCACAAAUUUGUUGUAAAUUGCUGAUUAAUCGCGACUCAACGCUGCGCGCUAAAUAGCUGCAUUAAAUAAUUAAGUUACGGUAGAUGCGAUUAUUUUUGGCGAGAGUCAAACCAAAACGAAGAAGAUCUAAAAAUUUAUUGAAUCGAGAAAACGAUUCUCGACGGAGAGGAAAUUUCUAUAUUCGACUUCACAGAGUAUCAGUGUGAACAGUUUGCAUCUGUAUUAUUUUCGCAGGAUUUAUAUAUACUUUUAUAUAAACAAUGGAUGAUUCUCGAUUGCAAAAAGUGGAGCUGCAAACAGACGUCUAUAUGGUGUGUUUGCAACAUGCUUUAUCAACAGAAAACUUUGAAGUGAUGGGUUUACUUAUUGGCAAUUUUGCAUGUGGAAUAGCAAAAAUAUCAGCUGUUAUCAUUUUACGACGUCUGGACAAAAAGAAAGACAGGGUAGAAAUUUCUUCCGAGCAAUUACUGAAAGCUGCUGCUGAAGCCGAGCGAUUAACAGUGGAAUUAAAUCGACCUAUGCGCGUUCUCGGCUGGUAUCAUUCACAUCCACAUAUUACAGUUUGUCCGUCACAUGUCGAUGUCAGAACUCAAGCUACUUAUCAAACAAUGGAUCAUAGUUUCGUAGGCUUAAUAUUUUCAGUAUUUUCAGAGGGGAAAGAAUCAAAGGAACAUGAGAUCUUUUUAAAUUGCUUUCAAUCAGAUAAUGGUGAAGCUACAGAAAUACCAUUAGAGAUAGUACAUACUCCAGAUAUUUCGGAUAGAUGUUUGAGAACAAUGACAGACCUGUCAAAAAUUUUGGUACAAGAAGAAGAAGAUAUGGCUGAAGCCUGUAAAGAUCAUCCAGAUGUCCUUGCCAGUAUUCAUAAUAAUGCUGUCAGGACACGGGCGUUGGUUCACAUAACAGAUAUUAUUACAAAGCCUUUGGUACAAACAUUUGAAAAGAGAAUAGCAUUGAAUAAAUUGCGUGCUACGCAUCUUAAAAGACAAUUACAGGAGUUACAGAAAAUAUGUAACAGAUAAAAAAUUUUUAAAAAGAGAAAGUAUAUAUAUAAUAUAAGAGAGUUUAAAUCUCUUGUGAUAUAAAUAACAAUUUAUUUGUGAGUAUGAAUAAUCUGUUCAUCAACAAAUUAUGUUAAGUAAUAAAAAUAAGAUUUCAAAUAAAGAUAUAAGUAUUUACUAAACUGAAAAUAUAGUUAUAUAUUUGAAUAGUUUGACAUUAAUGUUAAUAGAUUUAAGGAACUGUGUGUGACAAUCGACAUAUAAUUUUUUUUAAGUUACUAUUAAAAUAAGACAAAUUUUUUUCGCUAUUGAAAGCAAUACAAUAUAUCAAUAAGCAUUUCAUUGUAUACAAU